AGAGCUGGCCUCCGAAGCCAACUCUUAACCAACGCGCCACGUAGCCAGCCCGGUGCUUCCCCAUUCUUCAUUUCCUGGCCACCUUCAGUCUUUCCCAGACUCCUCCAAAAGCAUUUUGCCUAAGAAACACUGAAGUUUUUAACUCUGGUAAAAGUUCAUGGCAGCAUUCUAGUUCCCAGGCUGUCUGACUUGUCGCGUUCAACAUCCCCAACGGUGUUACCUACUCAUGUCCUCACUAAUCUGGUGUAGAGAGAAACUGAAAGCUACCGUGGAAGUGAAUGUUGGGAGGGUUUGAAGAAAGUCAGGAAUCGGUUCGUAGAGAGCACCGAGCCCCGAAACUAGAAGGGCUGAAGAGGGAGAAGCGAGGGGCAGGGCCCUCGCUGUGAGGGGCAGGAGGUACAAACGCGGGGCUUGGCCUUGGUCCAGACUUUCCAGUCUGGUGUAAUGAACGGUGUGAUCUGCGCGGCGUUUGGGCCCCACCUGUGUCUGGCGAGGGGCAGGACCCGCCAAUGGUAAGGACCGUCCCACUCAGGCAGCCAAUGGGCGGGAGGAGGAGGGCCUUCGGCUGGCCGGGACGGACAGGCGCUCCGACCCGCGGUCGGUCCCCGGCGCUCGCUGGAGGCUCCACGAUGACUGCUCUGAGCUUGGGCGAAGCCGCCGAGGCGGGCAGUGUGUUUCAGCCACGGCAGUGUCCCUAGAUCCGCAGCCUUAUCAGGACAGCUGAGGGGCUGAUCUAAUGGAUGGACAUGGAGGAAUGACUUACAACUACCCUACUGAUCACAAGCAAAGGGGCUGCUUUCAGUGUGAAGCAACCAACAGAUGCAUGGAAAAACGGCUUCUCUGAAGAGCCCUGUGUCCUGCACAGAGAAGCUAGACGGGGUUCAGGCACCCCUGAACUCCAGUCUGCAGUGCCCACAAGGCUUGAAGGGCGAAGAGAUAACGAAGUGCAGCCGAGAAGGGCCCCAGCCCGUGUGUUUGCAGACACUACUGAGUAAAUACAACCAGCAGUACCACAAGCUGUUCAAGGACAUCCCCUUGGAGGAGGUGGUUCUCAAAGUGUGCUCCUGUGCUCUCCAGAGGGACCUCCUUCUCCAGGGCCGGCUCUACAUCUCCCCCAACUGGCUCUGCUUCCACGCCAGCCUCUUUGGCAAGGAUAUCAAGGUAGUCAUUCCUUUGGUGUCUGUGCAAAUGAUCAAAAAACACAGAUUGGCACGGCUCCUUCCCAAUGGCCUGGCCGUCACCACCAACACCAACCAGAAGUAUAUUUUCGUGUCACUGAUGUCCCGGGACAGUGUAUAUGACAUGCUGAGGAGGGUCUGCACUCACCUACAGCCUUCCAGCAAGAAGAGUCUGAGUGUAAGAGAAUUUCCAGAGGAACCCGAGUGCGAGUCUUUGGAAGUCCUCAUCCCUGAGAUGAAGUGGAGAAAAGUGUGCCCUGCCUCCAGAUCCCUGUCCCUCCAAGCCAACAUCCCUUGUAUCCCUCGGACAUCCAUGGACUCCAUGGAAGGCUUCUUCCCUUCCAGGAAACUUCCAGGGCCUGAGGAUGCUGUCUGUGAGGAGACACUGGAGGAGGAGCCCAGGGGUGAUGAGGAGUGGAGGCUGUGGGAUUACUGGCUCCUCAAGGUCUUCUUUGUGCUGAUCUGCCUCUUGGUCAUGUCCUCGUCCUACCUGGCAUUCCGCAUCUCCCAGCUGGAACAGCAGUUAUGCUCCCUGAGUUGGGAUGGCCCAGCCCCUGGGCACAGGUAACAGCCACUGGGCCUUUGCAUCCAUUCCUCCAAGAAGAAUGCUCUGGGUGCUAGGUUCCGUCAACAGCCCUGUUGGAUUUAUGCUGCUGCUAUGCUGGGACUGACUAGGAAGGAAAAUAUUCCAGAUUCCUCCUCCUCCCCCAACUCUUCUCCCUCUUCCAAUGAGUGGUCUGAAGUACCUGUUUACAAAGCUCCUACAAUUUUUGGACUCGGACAAAAAGCCAGGUUUUUGGAACCAGCUGAGGAAUUCUGUACACUAAGCUUCAGCAACCACUUAAAUGAAAAAAAUAAUAACUUGCUCCUUGGAAACAGUUUUGGCGCACCGGCAGAGCACGAGGGGCCGCUCCAAGAGACAAAGGCCAUGGAACGCAGCUCUCUGACUGUCACAUGGCUCACUCCGGUGGUGCAGUGGUGGGACAGAGGCCAGAACCCAAACCACCAGUGUGGGCUCUGCACUCCCACUGUGUGCUGAGAGUCUCUGUUCUGGGGCCCACAGGGCUUCUCUGCAGGGAUCCGGGCACCUACCUGUCAGGCCAAGGGUAGACUAGAGGGGGGUGGGGAGUAAGCUAUGAAUGAGGCGAGGAGGGCUUGUGGCCAGCAUUCUAGCAAGAGAGGAGUAUUCAGGCUCUGUGCUGAGGCUCUGUUCCAGCCCCAUAUGAGGAGGCUGGCUGAACCUGAGAGGACACUUCUGCAGCAGGGGACAGUGGUGAGGGCUGUGAAGAAGAACAGAGGCCUAGCAUUCCAUAUCCUCAGCUACCAUUUCCUAGUGAAACAGGGAGCAGGGACUUUGAUCACAGACGGGUACUGCGUCUCUCCCUGGUGUGCUCAAACGUUUCCAAGGUGCCACAGGUGGAAAGUAGGUGUGACAAGGAUGGUGGCUUUGAUCUGAGGUCUUGCUUUGUACUCCCUGCCUGACUGCCUAGAUCUCAGAUAUGGCCGACAGCAGCCGGCCAGGGGGCAUGGCUGGGUAGCUAAGCAUGAUGAUGUUGGGCCACCAUAGGGCAGGGUUCACUCCUGUCACCUGCAGCUAUUCCAUGGGCUCUGUUCUCCAUGAAGAAGGUGGGGAUGUCCAAAGUGGGUCUGGUACAGUGCAGGACCAAGCCGGGGGGUCUGUCUGAUACCUCUGGGGACAGGAGAGGAGAGGUAGGAGGUUGGAAGAGUAGACACAGUGGUGGCUUCGCUGUAGAGAUUCCUCCUUCUCUGUCAAGGUCUUCUCUAUUCUGAAAAGCUUUUCCAUGCCUCAGAACUCUGGCCUGCCAUACCUGGGAUUCCUGUCUGCUAAGACAGUGCCUUUGGAGGUUCUGAAAGAACCUAGUGAGGAGGCCAGUGGUAUCAGGGAAAGGCACUCACGAUGGGGUGGAUGGUGUCAGAAUAGCGACUGUUUUCCCCUCUUCAGACAACUGAGAGGUUAAGCAGGGAGAAAUCCAGGUAGAAAUAAUUGAUCAUGGAGCCAUGAUUGUCCUGUUUAUGACAAAACCCAAAAGAGGAUUGGGGGGACUGACAGUUGGUGACAACACCCUAAGCUCAGACUGGGGGUAUCUUCAUCCUCUCCCCAUGCCAGGUUCCAGGGUUACAUUUAGAGCCUGGCCUUGUGGGUUGCUUGCGCCAAAUCUGUAUGUCUCAGGUGAAACUCACUGUUCUGUUCUCCCUACAGUGCCACACUGGAUGAGUACCCAUCCUUUUUGGGAGCCAGUCCCCUUCAUUAUUCCUUUCCAUCAUAUUUCCAGGGAAAUAAUCCUCCUUGCCCCAGUGCCUCCCAUCCCUGGUCCUUGCUAAAGAGUAGGGAGAACAGACCCAUUCUCUGAGCCUUGCUAAGUUGAACCAGAGGCCAGGAGAGGUGCCAAGUCAUAGGUGACUGUGCCAAAUGCUGAUGAAUGCAGUGUCCAGCCAUGCCCCAGCCUCGGAAAGGACAGGAGGCAGCUGUAGGGCCGGUGGCUUUGGAAGCCCUCUUAGGGUCCAGAGCUUUGAGUGGUACAGGUGUGCCUGUCCCUCUGGAGGGCCUGCUCUCUGUUUCCCCCUUUUGUCCCCCAGCCUGGUCCUCUGGGGCCAGUGUGCCUUCUGCUGUGCUCAUUUAUAAACUAUGUGUAUUUAUUCAGACCUGCUUGCAUUGGCUGAUGCUCCUCUAAUUCCCUGAGAAUUUGGUUCAACUAUCCUUGGGUUGUUCCACUAUGGCAUUAGCCUUUGAAAAUAUUUUUAAAUAAAAAAGCAAUUUUUCUAUUGUC